AAUGAGUGACAGCGAUAACAUUUUUAAUCAUUUCAGAAUAGCUAUAUUUUACCACGAAAGUUUACAGUAACAUAUUAUUUCCGAUUUAAUUGUGGUCUUAGUUAGUUAAUAAAUAAAAGUGGAAGAUGGAAAUAUCAUUUAAGGGAAAGCGUAUACUAGUUACCGGCGCUGGGCAAGGCAUUGGACGAGGUAUUGCAGUUGAACUUUGGCGUGCCGGAGCAAACAUAGUAGCACUUUCGAGAACAAGAUCGCAUUUAGAAACCUUACAAAGUGAAUAUCCAUCUAUCGAUAUCGUUGAUAUGGAUUUAGCCGAUUGGGAGAAAACUCGGGCUGUUGUUGAGUCUCUAGGGCAUUUUGAUGCAUUAGUGAACAAUGCAGCCAUUGCCAUUUGUGAACCAUUUCUUAAUUGCACCCCUGGAGACUUCGACAAGACCUUUGAUAUCAAUGUAAAAGCUGUUCUUAACAUAAGUCAAGUGGUUGCACGGAAAAUGGUAGAAAAUAAAACUCAUGGAGCGAUUGUUAAUAUAUCUUCUCAAGCUUCAAAGGCAGCUUUGAAAGACCAUGCUAUUUACAGUGCAUCAAAAGCCGCACUUGAUGCAUUGACUCGUGCAAUGGCAUUAGAACUCGGCCCACAUGGAAUCAGAGUGAAUGCAGUCAAUCCAACAGUUAUAAUGACAGCUAUGGCUAAAGUUGGAUGGUCAGAUCCAGAUAAAGCUGCGGAGAUGAAAGCUAAAAUACCAUUGGGAAGAUUUGGAGAAGUAUCAGAAGUUGUGAAUGCUGUAGUUUUCUUGUUAAGUGAAAGAUCUAGUAUGAUUAAUGGUGUUGAAUUGCCUAUUGACGGAGGAUUUCUUGCUACAUAAUCCUGAAGGGUGUUUUAAUUAUUUUUUUUAUAAGUUGUAAUGGUUAUGUAUCUGAUUUAUGGUCAAUGUUCCAAGAUCUGUUAAUUUGAUUUGUUUUUAUGUAUUUUUUAAGUACCAAAGAAUGUUUUGUUGCCUAAUUAAAUACAUUUUUGAUAAUGUUUAAUAUGUUUUUAUGUAUUUUUAUUUUUAAAUAAAACUAGUAUUAACCCUUAAUUCGAGAGUGUGACGAACAACAAAUUGGAAAAAAUCCACUAACUAGAUUAGAGAAAAAUACGUGAGAUUUUAGUGUUGCUACAUGUUUUUUUUUUCUACGAAAACACUCUCGAAUUAAGGGUAAGAUAAAAUUUUUUAUUUUUUGUAGUGUAUAAUUAUUUUGACGAAUGGUAUAAAUAUCCAGUGAUUUUAAUAUGUAUAUUAUGUAUGUUCCUAUAAAAAAAUUGGUAAAUCACAUUUUGAAUAACUUUAAAAAUUUGGAAUAAUGAAAAUGCGAGGCUUAGAUUAGCAAUAUAUCAUAAUCCUAUAUUUUUAAUACUAAUGUAGUGCUUUAAUUUGUAAACAUGAAAUAUUACAUUAAAAAUUAUAAUUCAUAUGCACAUAUAUUUUAAAAUGUCUAUCGUGUUUAAUCACUUUUUAACUUCUAAAGUUCAGUCAAAAUAUCUUUAAUAACCGAAAUUUGACUACGGCAUAUGUAGGCCAUAUUUAAAUAAGUUUGUGAAUAAAGGCGUUGUGUUCAA